AUGUCCACAACUCCUGAUGAUCAUCAAACUCUUGUUAGUGAGAUCCUGAGCAAGGACUUUGGUCUUGAGGUGACAAAUAUCACUCCUCUUGGCUAUGGUCGCAGCAAUAUAGUCUUUCUAGUUGAUCUUCUCAAGCCUCUCAAAAGCAUUCGGCUCCUGGCACCAUCCCGUGGACCCCCAAAGCCUGGCACUGUGCCCAUACCCAAGGAUACAGCAAAGUUGAUCUUCCGCUUCUUCAGGCCCUUCGACACCUACAAUGAGGCCGUACGGGCGGAGAACAAAGUAGCUGCAAUGAGUGUUGCCAGCUCGGCUCUUUCCCAUUCGCAUCUUCCAUCGAUUGUUCCCCAAGUUUACGGCUGGGACAGCGGUGAGAACGAGCCGAGCGCACUUGGUUGGGUUCUUGAAGAAUAUAUCCCGGGCAAAAACCUUGCCGCGGACUUUCCGAGUCUCCCAAUCAGCAAGCAGAGAGUCAUUCUUGCGCAGAUGGCAGAUGUAACGAAGGCGUUCCAGAUCUAUCGUCUUCCGGAUACCGUGACCGGUUUCGGUGGACUUGCCUUUGAUAAUCAAAGGCAAAUGCGGUCGGGUCUUCCGAGCUUCCAGUGUGUCGGUGGCCCCUUUGACUCUAUUGCUUCCUUUUAUCAAGGCCUGAUGAGCUGGUAUCUUCAAGCGUCGGACCGAUUUGGGAUUAUCGGUGGCUGGCGGGACAGCGAGCUCAUCGACCGAAUUGACCAGUUCGUUAUGAACGGAUCAAGUGAGUUGUUGGCGAGCCUCCCAACAGAUCGUCCGACAUUCAUCCAAGGCGGCCUGGAGCCUAUGAAAACUCUUUACGAUCCCGAGACUCUUCGGAUCACCGCAAUCCUCGAUUACGGUCUUUCUCACGUCGGCAUCCCAGUCAUGGAGUUUUUGUACUCUUUCGCCGGGUUCUCGGGAUCCCUCACCGCGCCAUUCGAAAAAGAAACCGAAAGAUUGCGACACGCAAUGCUACAUGGAUUCCCAGAGAUACCUCCUAUUUCCAGGCCCAUGCGUCAGGGUCCUACUAUGUUUGGAAGUGGCCACAAUAUUCAGUGGGGCCUUGCAAAAGCGUGGGAGGUUGAACUGGAGAGGGUAGGCGCCGUCCGACCACGCAACACUAAGGGCGCCGACUUGUUGUCUCAGGUUCAUUGGUUCAUUCAAGAACUUGCGCCGUGGCAUCUGUACGACCCCGACAUUGUUCAGAUGCGUACGAAGGAGCAGCUCCUCGAAGCGCGGCAGGAAGCGCAAAAGACCUUAGAGAAGUACCUGGAGACCUGGGACGCUCAGAAAUUGCCGUGCACGUUUGAGCUCGCGGUGCCAGGGCUUGGCAUUCUAGAGGGCAAUCCAGGCGAGAACAUCAAAGCCGGCACGCGAAUCGAUCUGCCGCUAUGGCUGGGUGAAAUGCUCUCUAUCGGAGCGCGGCUGGGGACGUCUCGUCUGGUUACACUAGAUCUUCCUGCCGCCUUAUCAGAACGCGUCAUGAACGCACUGAAGGCUGAUCCCCGGACCAUCGACUUGCGCGCGCUGGCGCCCCACUUCUACAGCCUGAGCGAACGGGUACUGGAGCUCUUCGAAGAGGAAGAGAUGGUGGACGUUCUGAGUAACACUUUCAAGAAGCGUGCAGCCGAGAUCGCUGAUCAUGCGCAUAACCCGCGAGGGGCUCUCGGCGAGGGUGUCGAGUUCUUGCGAGGUCUAGACGAGACUGAGCGACAGUUUAUUGCUUUUUCCCCUUGCGAGAUCUAUCCAGUUAUCUUCCAAGCUGAGCAAGUUCGCGUCUUGAGUGCACACGCUUCUGCCGCUCUACUGCACUCUAACUCGUGCAGUGCGUCUUGUCAGGAAUGCGCAUCGUCUUGUCGAGUUUCCCGUCGUCGCCAAAAUGGACAGAGAUCUUCAGAGACGCAGCACGGUCUCCGCGCACUCGUCAAUCCCUUCGUCGCUGCGACACUGCGUAUAUCCCACGCCUCCUACCGCAAAAAGGGCCUCUCUGAGACACAGUCCAACGAAGAACCCAGACCGGAUUCUCUUCAACCUGCUGCCGUUACCCGUGUCAAGGGUGAUAUCGCAAUGGAUUCGCGGACGAGCACAGGUGCGAGCGCGUCUUUCAAUUCAGAAUUCCCGAUCAAUGCAAUUGACCAGUCUCUAGAUAUGUCCUGCACCGAGGACUUGCCUUCUAUGACCGCGUCGCCGAAGUCGACCAUUUCACACACCCCUCGAUCACGAACACCGGAAACUACCACGACCCUGGUCAACCCCUCGUCUUCCCUGCUACAAGAUCUCUUGAAAGAACAACGUGCCUCGCGCGGCUCGCGAGGAACGAUGUCGGAAGGUUGCGACGAUCGCACACCCCGUACGCCGGAUCGCUCCGGUUCCGAUUCCCAAUCCCAAUCCCAACAAGACGAACCGGGUUCUGCCAGACAGCGGAAGAUAAAUAACGCCCUUUCGUCCGGCCUGAAGCAGCCACGAGAGAUGGGGAUACGGGAGACGGAUCAAUAUAUCUCGAAAAUGAACAAGCAAAAUUUUGACCUGAAACUUGAGAUCUUCCACCGCGCCCAACAGAUUAUAGCCAUGGAGAAGAAACUCGAACGGAUGGCCGAGAUGGAGGAGGAGCUUCGGCGAAUGCGACAAAUGGAGGAGGAACUCCAGGACCUUCGAGAUGCCGAGGAGGAUAAUCUCCGUCUACGCGAAUCCAAUGAGCAGUUGCGACAAGAAAUCGACAAGCGGGAUCAGGCAGUAACGGAGGCUGUGGAUUUGAUCUGCCAGCUGGAGGCGAGAAUGGAAGCGAUGGAAGGGGGCCAGGAUGCGUCUCGGCCUUCCACGGCUCCCGACCCUAUCGAUGAAUAUGAUCUUGAGACACCUAGAAACAAGAGCAACUUCGAAAUUCCCGAACGAAGAUCUUCGAAACAAAGCUCUGCAUCUGGGGAGUAUCGUCGUGUAUCAUCUAGCUCACGUAACCUCAAGAGGCCCCCGUCAUUUCUUACAGACCGGAGAGAGAGUACUGCAGCCCUGCGGAGCCUCUAUGCCCCGGCUGACGAGCAUUGUGCAAUGAGUGAGAUUACAAGGUCGGACAGCCUCAAUUCUAUUAACGAGACCCUGGAUGUUGAAUCGCCAAGACUAAGCGCUUUGAGCGAAUGCAGUGAACUAAAUCCGUAUACUGACAGUGUCGGAGGAGUCAAUGGAUUGGACCAGAUCAUGAUUCCGAUUCGAAAACGAGAGCCUCUUUCGGAUAAGUCUGACUUGUCGAUAUCCCAGAGCAGCGGUUUAGGGAAGCGUCAAAUUGCUGAAUGGAUCCAACCCCAGUCGGACCCCUUUGCGGACAAAAUUCCAAAUAUGAAGCCGCCACCAUCGGAUGUUUUCCAGGAAUCAAAUACGCUCCGUGCUGAUAGCGAUGCAUUUUGGAAUAGUUCUAGCCAGCGGACGCCACUAGGCAGUGUGUUUGGGAGUACAAGGCUCCCGCCUACCCCGGAUACCAUGAGCACGGCAUACGCAGGAGGUGGGAACGGGUCCAAUGGCAGUGCUGGCGCCGACAAAGGCCAGAGCGAUCAGAUUCAGUCUGUGAAACGAAGGCUUGCGCGUCCCCGUUCUGCCGGCGAAUUGACAACGAAGCAAAGUUAUGCACAAAGCAACGUUACAGAUGGCUUGAACACCAACACAAGCAAGGUUACACUACCUCGACGCAGCCUUGAGAAGGAAGAAAUACCCGCCAUAUUCCCUUUAGACAGCAUCACAUCCAGAACGGGGGGCCUUCUCAGUCAAGAAUCUAUCAUCAACCCCAGCUUCGGUCAUUACGGGGGAAACGAGAUAUUCAACCCCCAUGGUCUAGAGAGGGUUUUCACCAAGAUGGAUCGGAAUCACUACUCACCGGCAAUGUUCGAAGCAAGACAAAGAGGCCCCGCUGCAUCACCACCUCUCACUCCGCAGGACUGGGUGGAAGCGGCGAAGUCAGGGAGUCCUGCCAGAAAAGAUCAGGCCAGCGCUCCUCCUACCGGUCCUCUCCCAGCGGGAUCACGGCUAGUUGGUGCUCGAGCACCAAGUCAAUCCUCUUUCCUUGGUCGACGACAUAGCAUCGAUUCGGCCAUCCGAGACACCGAUCUUCCCACCGUUCCGACCCUUGACUUGGACUCGUUGGAGCCCGAUCCCCGGCCUGAACCUGAUCCCGAACGUUCUCGCCGGAGAAUUAGUCUUCGUUUAUUCAAUCGCUCAGGAAGCUCGCGACGCCUGCAGGACUCUCCCACGAUCGACUUUCUCGAUAAAGAUGACUGUGCACCUGCCCCCGUAGUACGGAAAACGAGACAAAUAGCGAAUGCUAGGGCAAUACAAGCAAACCAAAGCAUCGAAGACCCAUCAACAACCGGGUAUGCGAACCUUCGAGCGUCUGCGCCAACCUACGCAGACACCACGGACGAAGACGUCCCCCACAGGACUCUCCCUCAUUCCUUGACCGAACGCAACUUCGCCUCGGCCGGCACGAUGGCUAAAAGCUCACUCUCUCACGCCAAGAGCCACAAGAGGAGAAGCUCUCUGGGAAUCCUUGGCUGGGUCAAAGGAGCCAGCGGGCUCGCAUCUCUGGGGAAGAAAACCGACCCCGUGGAUUCCACAACGCCAACAUCCCAACCUAGCAAGAGUCGAGUAUCCUCUCGACUCGGUCAAGAUGCUUCGGGCCCGGUCUCAACGAUCCCCGAGGCAGAUCAAGACCCCAAUCACCUCGCGGGCACGAAUAUCGUUGUCGAGGACUUUGCAUAUAACUCCAAACGCAUGUCUCGCGCGGAGGAAGAAGAACCGGGACGGCGGCCACGGUAUAUGGAACGACGUUCACGACGGGGCUGA